GGCGCUCGCGCUUGUCACCUUGCAAGAUUUUAAGGAACCAGUGGAAGACGGUGAGCAGAACUUUGCGGGGGCUUCUCAGCGGCUUUCGCAGAGAAUCCUCGCGGGUGCGGCUGCAACGGCUUGAAGGUCUGACGUUCGAUGAACAGUUGACGAGCCAAGGAGACCUCCGAGAUUGAGACAUGGCAGACUUGAACACGGUCUAUGGUUGGCUUCAGACGGGGGAGAGCCGCUUCAAGUUGGAUGCCAUGUCAGUGCUCCACUCAAUGUCCAGGUGCCCAGACUCCGUCUUUUGGACACGAUCGAGUGGGUGGACAUGCGUGACAUGGUCGCCCGAGAACUUCAGCUUGGCAGAUUACUUGUUGCAAUUGUCUUUGGCAGAUGUGAUCUUUCACUACAGGUAUCCCCAUGCUGUUCUAACAGCUGCAGCUUUGUUGCUUGCUCUGUCGUGCACUGGCGCCGCAUCAGCUGCUCACGGAGUG